AUGUCUCGCACUCAGCAUGGCCUCCGUUCUCAUUCCACAGCGAGCAGCAGCUCAUCAUCGAAAGACGGUCCGGGAGCCGAUGACUACAAGGGCAUAGAGCUUGAUACUCUCACGCCCAGCAGCAGAUCCUCCGAGGACAGCGUUAUCGGAACACAGCUCAACGCGAACAGCGAAGCAGCCCACCUCCUCGCCAACCCACCGCCGGGGAGUGACUCGACACUCCUCCCCAUCACCGCCCCAGAGCGCCCAGCAAAGGAACCACCAGUAACAUGGCGCUCCCUCCCCCGCAAAGAUCAGCUCAUAAUCCUCACCCUCGCCCGUCUCGCCGAGCCCCUAACCCAGACAAGCCUGCAGGCCUACAUGUACUACCAGCUGCAAUCCUUCGACCCGUCCCUCUCGUCUUCCACCAUCUCCUCCCAAGCCGGCAUACUGCAGGGCGCGUUCACCUUCGCGCAGUUCCUGACGGCGAUUAUGUGGGGCCGGAUCGCGGACUCGGAGUGGGCGGGCCGGAAGACGGUGCUGCUGGUGGGAUUGGUGGGCACGGCUGUUAGUGCUGUAGGAUUUGGGUUUAGCAAGAGCUUUGGGGCGGCGGUCUUUUGGAGGAGUCUUGGGGGCGCGUUGAAUGGGAAUGUGGGGGUUAUGAGGACGAUGAUUUCGGAGAUUAUUAGGGAGAAGAAGUAUGUCGAUGGCGAAUCCUUGUUUGUAGUGGUUGUAGGUGUUGAUAGUGGUCUUUGUAGGUAUCAAUCGAGGGCUUUUUUGCUGCUGCCUAUGACGUUUAAUAUUGGUGUCAUUAUUGGGCCUAUCAUGGGCGGUCUUCUAGCAGAUCCGAUCACUAGCUACCCCAGCAUUUUCGGACCUGGCUCGCUGUUGGGAGGCAAAGACGGGAUACAUUGGAUGACAAAAUGGCCGUACGCCCUACCAAACCUCGCGAGUGCAGUAUUCUUGACUGUAUCGUCGUCGAUGGUAAUACUCGGUCUUGAAGAGACUCUCGACGCUCGUCGAGACAAGCCCGAUUACGGCCUCAGGUUUGGCCGCUACUUGAGACGCCUGAUCUCUCGCCACAGAAGCUCACAUAGAUAUGCCGCUGUCCCAGAGGAAGAAGACACCACACUUUUGAAUACGUCCACCGAUGUCGAACUCCAAGCAUCGAGCAGCACACCCCCCAAAUCCCGCGGCCCCAAAGCGUCAGCCAAGGUCCCCCUCCGCCGCAUCUUCACCCACAACGUCCUAACAACCCUCCUCUCGCACGGCCUCCUCGCAAUGCACGUCGGCACCUUCAACAACCUCUGGUUCGUCUUCCUCAGUACGCCGCGCUUCGACGCCUCCCACCCCUCCCCACCAUCCCGUACCACGCAAUCCCUCCCCUUCGCCUUCACAGGCGGCCUCGCGCUCCCCCCACGUCAGAUCGGCCUCGCCCUCGCGAUCCUCGGCAUCAUCGGCAUAACGUUGCAGCUUCUCCUGUAUCCAGCCGUCUCCGCGCGGCUGAGCACGGUAACGACCUACCGCUUCUCGCUCUUGCUCUUCCCAAUGGCGUACGCACUCGCCCCGCUGCUGGCUCUGAUCCCCUCCUCCGCUCCGCCGCCGGCCCCCGCGUCCGGGCCGCCCAUCUGGGCCUCCAUAGCCGCUGUGCUGCUCUUCCAGACCGCCGCCCGCACCUUCGCUCUCCCCGCCACAACGGUUCUGGUCAACAACUGCUGUCCCGACCCGCGGGUGCUUGGGACCGUGCAUGGGAUUGCGCAGAGUGUUAGUAGCGGCACCAGGACGCUGGGGCCGGUGGUUUUUCUUGCGCUGUUUGGGCUUGGGAUUAAGAUCGGGCGGGUUUGGCUCGCGUGGUGGGCGUUGGCUGUGCUGGCCAUCGUUGGCGCGGUUGCGGGAAGGUUCGUAAAGGAGGGAAGUGGGCGGGACGAUGAAGGUAAGGGUUGA